UGUCUUAUUUCAAAGGCUAACCUCAAAACGCACAGUUCAUGAGUUCAAUUAUUUUUAUUUUAUUUAGUAAAUCAAUCAAUUCAAUUUAACCUAUGUAGUGGUUGUGGCUAACAAUGAAAGCUAGAUACUUAGCAUUCUUUUCGUACAUAGGAACCAGAUUUAGAUCUUCAGAAAAAUUAUGGAUUAAAGGCAAAAGUCAAUAUCCUGAUCCUGAUAGUGUGCAAGGAAUGAUAGAAAUGGGGCUAUAUAAACUGAAGUCUUUGAACUAUCCGCAAAUUACCCUGUCUAGCCGCACAGAUGGUGGAGUGCAUGCACUGUGCUCCAGUGCCCACUUUGAUUUGGACAGAUAUGGCACCAAAAUUUAUGAUCCACCUCACAUUAGCUAUGUCUUAAACAAGUACUUUUACAACACAAAUAGUAGCAUAUUUGUCAAGAAGUGCUUGAGGGUUCCUGAUGAUUUUAAUGCCAGAUUUAAAGCAUUAUCUAGAACAUAUUUGUAUAGACUUGCUGUACUGAAAAAAGAUAAAGUUCUACCAGAACACUCUUGCAUAGCAUCACACAUACCUAUUGAAGAAUGGAAGAGGUGCCAUUUCACAAGGCUAUCCAACUUCGACAUUGAGAAGCUGAAAGAAGGCGCGAAGUAUUUAGUGGGGUACCACGACUUCACCACCUUCAAGAAGUUCGACAAGCUAAAGGAGAACAAGUCGAACCGGCGCGAGUUAUACUCCGUCGCGGUGCGGCCCGGCGCGCCGCUCGUGACGUCACACUCGCAAGCGGAGGACUCGCUAUUUGAUCAUUGGGAGGUGGAGUUCAGGGGGCGCGCGUUUGUUCACAACCAGAUCCGACGGAUGAUGGGAACACUCAUCAGUUGUGCAAUCGGUAAAUUACCUCCUGAAGAGAUAAAGGUAAUGUUACAAGUGCCUUCCAAGCAUUCCUGGCACACAUUCAUUCCCAGCUGUCCCCCAGAUGGACUGUACUUGUGCAAAGUGGAAUACAAUCCACAGGAUCUUGUAUACCACGACAACGCGGCACUAACUGCCGAAAAACAAGAAGACAGCGACUUAAGUGAUAGUGAAUAAACAUGAGUUUCCUCAGUGAAUUGACAAAACAGAAAAAUAAACUAAAAGAAACUAAAACAGUGGUGACUAAAGUGGACGGACAGAGGUUCGUGGAAAGUGGCGGAAAUGUAGAAAAACUCGAAUCCACUUACGGUUUUGUCGUCGAUACAAAACCGGACAAUGUUCCUGUUAUGAUUGUUGAUCACCUGUACAUAGGUUCACAAGAUUGUACAGCAAGUAAUGUGUUAGAAACAUAUAACAUUAAAUGUGUGCUAAGUCUAGGAAUAGAUGCGGAUGUUGAUGUACAACAUAAGUAUGUAGUUUGUCUGGAUUUGCCUGAAACAGAUAUAAAACCUGUACUCUGUGACAGUUUGCCAUUCAUCCACAGAGCUGUGGAGUCGGGCGUCAAUGUGUUGGUCCACUGCAACGCGGGAGUGUCUCGCACUUCUACGAUCGCUAUAGCAUAUUUGAUGCAUUACAAAGGUAUGCAAUAUGAAGAUGCUUACAAUUUAGUUAAAGGGAAAAGGCCUGCUGUGCAACCUAAUGCAGGUUUCAAACGGCAGUUGAUGCUCAUGAGUCCUGGCCAUAUAAUAUGAGAAUAUGUAAAUAAAAAUAAAACCAUUGAAUACAAACAGAACUAGUUAUUUAUUGUAAUAAAUAAGUAAAUGUUUAAGUACAAGAGCCAAACAUUUUGUAUAGGCAAUAAAAGCAGGAUUGUGUCGCUUUACACCCAAUUACAAUGGAAGCACUAAUUCGUUAAUUAGGUACAAUAUGUAUUAUUAUGUAGCACCAAGUUCAUAAGUUUCAGAAGCUAAAGCUAUACUUAAACUUAAUUAACAUUGUAUAAAAUUUUAUAAAUAUCUACUACAUUAGAAAGUUCCAUAACCCUUGAUUCUGAACAGAUAUAGUAAAGUAAUUUAUGUAAAUUGAAAUAAUACAACUUAUUUUUACUUAAUAUUGAAUUCUCCUUUACCAUUGCCAUAUUCAGUGCCAGUUUAAAAAAAGUCAUUCUAGAUUUACAGUCUACAGUUUUAAAAUGGGAAAAACUUUCAUAAAAUCUUGUAACAUUUAAUUCCCUUAAUUAGAUAUAAGUAGUAUAAUAUAACCAAAUAUACAAAUAGUAUUCAAUUGACGACAUUUUAAUUCAUAAAUAAUGAUUGAAUAAUAUAGCAAAAAAAUAAUUCGUAAGUAUCAAACAUACGCAAAAGAUCUUGAGACAACUUUACAAUAAUAAUGUCUUGGAUUUAAAUUAAUAAUAAUGUAUUUAAUUCAAUAAGCAGUUUCGAUUGCUUAAGUUUGUGGUAUAUCUUAUUUAUUUUACAUAACUAACUAUUUAGCUUAGGGACUGAGCAAUAUUAAGCACCUUAUAGCAUAAGUGUUAUAAGUACGAGUCGCGCUACAAAUUCGCACCAUUGCAGAUAAAUAUGUAGGUACAACCAGCUUAAAAAAGGGAUUGGAAAAUAAUGUUGAUCUCCUGUCACAAUCUCCAUCAUUUUAAUCAGCUUUGCUUACACAUUUUGUCACAAUAGUGUGAUUUUUGCAGCGCACACAAUCUAAGAAUUACAAUGUAUUAAUAAUUCAAUGAACACUUCAUAUUUGGUGAUGAUGACAGUCAGGCUUGAACACUGGUAUGUAGGUAUGCAAAACAAAUCAGGCAGGUACACUGUUACUAUUAUCAGACUCAUCAAGAAAAUCAUCGAAUAUACAUAACCCAAUACACUAUGCAAAGAAAACCAUAACCGGUUGGUUUACGUCCACAAAAUGAAUCCUUAUUGUGUUGGAAAUAGAGCCACUAAUUAAAUUAUGAAGAAUACACAUUUAUAAAUGGAUACCUUAAAUUCAUUGAAAAAAAAGCUAGUGCGGGAUACAUCUUCGUCUACGAAAAGCAUAUACUAAGCGAGUGUAUUACAAAUAUUGUGCUUAUUGCAUUAUGAAAAUGGCAAGUGUAUCUGAUUUACGGCAGCAUUCAUAGACAUCGCCUAAACAAAACUUAGCACUAAAAUUAAUCGAACAUAAUGCUCGGCAAGCUAACCCUAAUGUCAUUCUUGUUUGUUACAACCAUUAAAUGUAUUUUGAGACCAUAAUAAUUUCAUUAUUAUCGAGCCAACUGUCUCACAGGACGGGAAUGUCAAUUUUGAAUCACAAACGUGGUCUCACGUGCACACGCGUCACUAGUCUACGAUAUGACCAGCGAUCAGUCUUCGACAACAUCUCUUUUAAUCUCAAAUGGAUAAAAUACGAGUAUGUCAAUUGUAAACAUUGUAAUGAAAAAUAAGGAAUAAGUAGUUCAAUAAACAGACACAGACUAUGAAUACCUGAUUUAAAUCGAACACACUAACUAGUCUCUUCGAAAUUCAGCAACAAGAACAUUCAAGUAUCAAGAAAUUAUCCUUAUUUCAAAAAUCAUUAACCAAGAUUACAAAACUUAACAAUAAAAAUCAUAAAUUUUACUUCUUAAAACGAUAAAAUUGUAUUAACAUCAUUGUACUUUAAGUAACCCUCAUUAACGAACACUAAUUUAUAAGGCACAUUUAACUAAAUUACUGUUACAUCGGCUACAAAAAAGUACGUCGAAAACGUUAAAAUAGAAUCGAUUUAUUGUUUCCACUAAACAUGGGGCAUCGUAAUGGUUGGAUAAAAUCAAAAAUGAAUAUGAAGGGAAAUGCUCUCAAAGGAUUCAUGAAUAAGACGCAUGUUAGGGAAUGUGAUUGAGUAUAUUUCAAAAGAACAGGGCGAUCAGUACUAUCGAACUUUAACCUAUCAAUAAAAAAAGCACACGGAAAAGUCCUUGUGAUUUACCGUAUAUGUAAAAGAGCUUUUUAUACCCAAAUUAUUGAGAGUUCACAAUCGCAAGAGUUACUGGUAAUGUAAAUCAUAUACAAUGACAUUAUUUAAGUAGUUACAAUUAACCGACUUUUUACGACUUGAACAAAUUAAGUACUUUGCGAGAUUAUAGUUAAUUUUUGAAGUCGGUUAGGCGUGGCGGCUACAAGCCCGCAGUUCCCAGAACUUACGAGAGAGUUAUGACGAUUCAGGGUUCGGAAUGUGUCGCAAAGACAGCAAAUAUGCUGUCUGUAGGAUACAGUUACUUUGUUUGUGUACAGAAGCGAGACUUUAACAGCUUUUAAACGCCAAUUUCUGAUGCUAACUAAAGCGCUAAAGUAUUUUCAGUUUUCAGUGACCGUGAGUCCGCGCGCGGGCUGUCUGUUGGCUAUAACCUACGAGUUCACGACGAUAUCAAUUUUGAUACACUGAAGCAUAAUGCAGUUUGCGGGCAGAAUGUAGAACUUACUAGAAGCUCUUGAGCGUAAGGCCACGGGCAGGCAGUCUAUUGACCAUAGCCUACGAGUAGGGAAGAGAGAAGAGAGUUGUGACAUUGUAGAUUUUUGGUAACGUAUUUGUUAGCGUAGACUUUAAACUAAAAUGCGCACUGUUGCGAGCUCGACAAAAAAUCGAUAUGACACAACUCUCCUCGGUCUCCCCUACACGGUGCCAAAUAUACUAUACUAAAGUAUGUAUUUGCAGUGUGUGUCACUAGAAGCUCUUGAGCGUGCGGCCACGGGCAGACAGAGUAUUGGCCAUUGCCAACGUCCUUAGCCUACGAGUAGGUACAAUCAGCGUCAAAAAGUUCGUGACACCCAAAGUGGCCAAAAAAUUAACUAAACACACAACCUUAUUCCAAUUGUGACUCAAUACUCAAUACUCAAAUCUUUAUUGCAUUUCACAGUGUACAUUAGGUCUUAAAUAUAUAAUUGGAUCACCAUGAACCCAAAUACGUAUGA